CCUCCUCCGUCGGCUGCGUUAGGUGACUCUGGGAAAGGCCCGCGUGAGGCCUGGGCCGCCCCUUGGUGGCUCAUGGCUGCUUCCAGGACGCUCACCACUUUCCGUCUUCCGCCGUUGCCCACGAUCCGAGAAAUCAUUAAGUUGUUCAGACUGCAAGCGGUGAAGCAGCUCUCCCAGAAUUUUCUGCUGGACUUGAGGCUGACAGAUAAAAUUGUAAGGAAAGCUGGCAAUCUGACAAAUGCUUAUGUGUAUGAAGUGGGCCCUGGGCCUGGGGGGAUCACAAGAUCCAUUCUCAACGCCAGUGUUGCUGAACUUCUGGUGGUUGAAAAGGACAGUCGCUUCAUUCCUGGAUUACAGAUGCUUUCCGACGCAGCCCCCGGAAAACUGAGAAUUGUCCACGGAGAUGUGUUGACAUUUAAGGUGGAAAGGGCUUUUCCAGAAAGUCUUAAAAGACAGUGGGAGGAUGACCCUCCAAAUGUACAUAUUAUUGGAAAUCUGCCUUUUAAUGUGUCAACUCCACUGAUAAUCCGGUGGCUUGAGAAUGUUUCCCAGAGAGACGGGCCUUUUGCUUACGGCAGAACCCAGAUGAUGCUGACUUUUCAGCAGGAAGUGGCAGAGAGACUGACAGCCAGCACCGGGAGCAGGCAGCGCAGCCGCCUCUCCGUGAUGGCCCAGCACCUCUGCCACGUGCGGCACGCCUUCACCAUCCCAGGCCGGGCCUUCGUGCCCAAACCGGAGGUGGACGUAGGCGUGGUGCACUUCACCCCCCUGGUGCGGCCCGCGAUAGAGCAGCCGUUCAAGCUGGUGGAAAAGGUCGUGCGGAGCGCGUUCCAGUUCCGAAGGAAACACUGCCAUCGCGGACUCGGCACAGGAGGCACGGCCGGGCAGCCACCUCCCAAGACCAUCACCGUGCAUGACUCAGUCUUGAGGAUUUGAGACGACGGACCUUAAACCUUCAACCUGCCAUUUGUUGCCCUUCAUUUGGCCGGAGUCUGUACUUCACCAGAGUCACUGCUUCUCUAGCACAGUCUGAAGCUGCAGGUUAACGACAGAGCUGCCUCUGGCUCCCGGUGCCCGUGAGAAUGAAGGCACAGUCCCUGCAGCCCCAGCCAGCACCCAGGACGUCAGCCCCCACCCACCCUUCACGCAGGUGUGGCCCAAACACUGCAGUGGAUAGCCUUGAUCUGGGGGACACGAAAAGUAUGUCCUGCUUUUGGAAAUUCUGGUUUUGGUCUGAGCUGGUAUUGCCAGGACAACCCCUGAGGAUGGCCCCUCAUUUCACAGGUGCAGGCCCUGUGCAGGUAGGGACGGGUGCUGGGCCCGCUCCGACCUCUGGCGUCCUGCAGUUACGCCACAGUUGGCCUUGGCCAGCUCCCCGAGGGGGCAGGGAACGUGCAGUUCUCACUGGGAGCAUGUCACUGUGAGGAAACUCACUCUGCCCUGGCCGUGACCUCUGCCCAGCCCUGUCAGGCCUCUCAGACCUGAGAGAAGAGUGAAAUCCAGGUGAAGUUUCACAGUAUUUCAUGGUCUGUUUUCCUGUUCAUUUGAAAACGAUGAUCUCGGUUAGAUGAGAUAUGAACUAUUACCUCAAAUCAAUUUUAAAGAUGCGUCAAUGCAUCUUAAAGAGGGGAAAUAAAUAUUUGCAUUUUCCCAUCAACUGUUUUCUAACUUUGUGAAGAAAGGUUAUUUUGGGGUGAAGAGUUCCAAAGCUACGUUGAAAUUAUAAACAGUCAAAUCUGAUGAUGACACACAGGAAUCAACAACUUUUGUACUGAAAAAUGUGGCAAAUGAAACUUCUGUUUCUAAGAAUACGACUGAACAGAUGUUACUUUAAACUUACCUUGGAGACGCGUGUACAGACCUAGCUUUGGGGACCUUUUCCCGGGAGCACACGCCUGCGGGUCAGAUGAGCUCUGCCGCGGCGCCGGCCCUGCCGCCUGCCGGGGAACCGGCAGCCCUCCUCCUCCCGGGCUCAGAGCCAGGCAGCAGGCCCGCAGCUCCCGCUGCACCUUGUGGUCGCUUCAGUUGUCAGGGCCGUGCCAUUUUCCAGUGAGGACAAAAGGAGGCGUCGGGGCUUACGGCAUUCCUAAAGUAAAAUUCU